AUGUCCUUUCAGCUGCUUUCCGCAUCUGCCGCAACGACGCUCCUCAUCAUCAUCUCCAUCUUCAUCAUGCGCCGUCUACGGACCUCACAGACCCUACAAGCUGUGAAGAAGCCCAACCACCUAGACCUCACGAUCAGCUCACCAGAGCCUACCAAGCUCAGCAAAAGCCUUGCAUCGGCACUGCCCGACAGCGUCAUCUUUCCGCACGACGCCGUCGCCUUCAAGGAGUCGAUAGAUUCCUACUGGGCCCAGCAGGAGUGCGAAGUGAUCCCAGCAUGCGUGGUCCGCCCCCGCGACGUUCAGCAGCUCUGCGUGGCCGUCACUGUCCUCAAGCGCGAGUACGACGAGCGAGGGAAGCAAGCUGGCGAGCAAAAAGCCGAAGGACUAUUCGCUAUCCGCAGCGGCGGCCAUUCUCCGGUUUCCGGUGCUGCGAGCAUCAAUGGAGGUGUCAUGAUCGACCUUGGCCUCUUGUGUGAGGUGACCCCCUCUGAGGAUGGAUCGAGCGUGGUCAUCGGAGCUGGCGCCAAGUGGAUGGAUGUUUCCAAGAUCCUGGACGAGCAGGGUCUCGCUGUUGUUGGAGGCAGGAACUCUGCUGUUGGGGUGGGCGGCUUGACUUUGGGAGCAGCUCCAUUCUUACUCUAUUCCAGAGUUGACACAAAGGCGCAAAUAGGCGGUCUCUCUUUCUUCUCCCCCCGCUUCGGCCUAGUCUGCUCCAACAUCCUCAGCUACGAACUUGUCCUGGCCUCCGGCUCCAUCGCCGCAGCCUCUGCAUCAACUAACCCCGAACUCUGGCGCGCCCUCAAAGGCGGCUCCAACAACUUCGGCAUCGUCACGCGCUUCACGGCCCGCAGCUUCCCCUCCACCAAAAUCUGGAGCGGCUUCCUCUACAUGCCCGCCUCUCAAGCCGCCAAGGUCCUCGCGGGUUUCCACGAAUGCCUCAACAGAGAGGAUUCGGGCGGUUCCAGCACCACGUACGACAACCACGCCGCCGGCCCCAUAGCCUGCUUCUCCUAUAUCCAGAAACUCGGCGUUCAGGCCAUCUCCGUGAAUCUCGUCUAUACCAAGCUCCCCGAGAACGAGAAGAAAUGGCCCGCCUGCUGGAGGACCUCAACCUUCGGAUCGCUUUGGCGCCUCUGGAGCACCUGCAAGGUCCGCACCCUAACUAGCGCGACCGAUGAAAUGAACGCGCUCAACCCCCCCGGCAGGCGCCAGGUCUUCGCCACCACGACUAUCAAGAACGACCGUGCCACCCUGGCGGCCGCGCACGCCGCCUACUGCGAUGCUAUCGCCUCGCUCCGCCGUGUCAAAGUCAGGGGCUUGGUCUGGACACUCGUCCUGCAGCCGCUCCUACCGGACUGGGUACGCAAGGGCGAUGCGAAUCCGCUAGGCCUGCACGACUGCACUCAUGAGCCUCUCGUUAUCGUGAGCUUCACGGUCAACUGGGCCGAACGCCGAGAUGACGAGUUCGUCAAGACGACGACGCGCCGCGCCGUUGAGCAGAUUGAUGCCGUUGCAGCGGCUAAUGGAACGGGCCAUCGAUAUCGGUACAUGAAUUAUUGCGCGGAGUGGCAGAGGCCGUUUGAAGGUUAUGGUGGGGAGAAUUGGCGGUUCUUGCAGGGGCAUCCUCCUAAGCAGGUCAACUUCGACUUCUACUACAUGUAUGCGCUUAUCAGCUUUAUAUUCUUUCCCACAUUCAUGAAGCAGUUAUGGAUCAGUACCUCGACCGAAAUCAAGCUCCUCCAACGGAAAGGCAGGUUGGACCUAGGUCUGUACGAUUCGAGACGCUCUCGCCCUUUCCUCCUUGAAGGAAUUCCCAAUUACGGACCCAAAAUAUUCGCCAUCGGACUGAAGCGUCAUCUUUGGGAGAGCGCGAGCCUUAAAGAUAACGGGGACAUCUGCAAGAUGUCGGUGCAACUCGGAAACAUGGGAGACCGGACCGCUUUGGUUCUGUUCGACGGCGUUCGAAGAGGCUUGGAAAGAGCCAUGAAAAUGGUGAUCAUUGAAGAAUUUGUCCCCUUUACUGUUCCCGAGAUCAGGGAGAGGCUCGAUGCUCGUAUAUUCGUGAGACUUAGCCAUAGGGAAACAAAGCAUAGGAGGAUGACGAGGCCGAAUUACGGCGCUGAGGCUAAGCAGGGCGAACUCUGGGAAACGGAAGACUUCUUCGAGAAGAUGGUUUGGCGGAACUAUGUGGAGCAGCGCAUGCAGUUCUUUGAAGAAGAAAACGUUGAGGGCCGGAUGGAUGCAGAGAGGUGUAAGCAAUUAGGGAUUGUAGUCCAGGAAGGUAUGGAUGUUGAGGCGCAGGAGACAUUGAGCUGGGCUGUAUGUGCCAUGUUGGAGGCGUUGAAAGGCAAAUGUCUAUAG